AUGACCGUACCAGUCCUUUUUACUUCAGACAGCAAACGAAAUGAUCUCGAUGUACUCACAGAAGGUUUCGCCGCUUCCAGUAAAUCUCCAGAGCCACCACUGCACCCAGCUGCUUCAACCACCAAUCGCUCUGAUACCAAUGAUCUUGCGUCGAUCGCGACAAGUGCUAAGAUUGCUCGAGAUAUCUAUUCGAUCUAUCACACUGACCCAAAUUGUGCUGGGUGGACAAGCCAAAUGAAGAAUUUCGCCGAAUCGCUGGAAAAGUACGAUAUCGACGAUAUUACCAGAAAGAGACUGUACGACGAUGUCCAUAAGAUUCUACUUUGCUCCGACCCAGGUCAACCAGCCUCACACUUCACCUCUAGCUCUGCGAAUGUGGUAAAGUCUAUUUGUGAGAUGGAGAAGAGUAUGGAAAUACAGAAAAUCUGGAAUACCCAUUUGGAAAAUACCUUCAACCAGCUUAAGAGGAGUUUACGUACCUCACAAGAUACUAAGCCACCCCAACAUGUUUCUACCUCUGAUAAUUACAAUGAAGAUCGAAUGAACGAUGUCCUGAUGCACACCGGAAAGGAUGAUGUCGAUACGAACAAUGACCUCAUCCAGAGAAUUUCAGAUCUAUGGGACGACCAUGAACUCUCAGCUCCCGGAUCAGUAUUCGAUAUUGUCUUGAAGAGGAGUUUGGCUGUUUCCGGUAUUGCUGUGGCGGUGGCAACUUACCUUGCCAUGUGUGGAAGGGAGAGUACAGUAUAA